CAAAUAGGUGCACGAAAAGCGGGUGGACCGUGAAGAAGACCUAACUAUAGAAAGAGCACUUUUGAAAAGUUACAGUGGUCUUGACUUGGUUGGGUUCUCGCGCAACUUUCUACAUCCGUUAGCUAAAAAAAAUUUGAGCGAGGCUGUAAACGUAGCCCUGGCAAUUCAAGACUCUGCAAAGAAAGACAGAAAGGGUUUUAACUGGCUCUGUGAGUAUAUAACUACGUAUAACCAAAGCGGUUUGUAUUCCCAAUGCAAGCAGACGGCCGGGGGAGAUGAAAUUCUACGAGUAAACACUGAAGUUAUAGUCUUUGUGAAAAACUCUGCAUACAACAAACGAAAGAUUACAAUGAGGGGCAAUCGACAAGGAAUAGGUUCUGUUAUGUUAUUUCUGGCACUUUCCAUUCAAAUUAUACUAUUAACGCACGCAGCCCCAAUGGAUUGCCAAAAGAACACUGCUGUCUGCUUGGAAGAAAUAAUGAAGGAAAUGACCCAAGUUCGAUUUGAGUUAAACAUUCUCACUGAGAACAGAACAUUAAUAAGACCCACGGACUGUGCUGAGCUCUACAAAUCCGGUAGAACGGUUAGCGGAGUUUAUACAGUUGAUCCUGAUGGUUCAGGUGCCUUUAAUGUAUAUUGUGACCAGACCACAGCCGGUGGAGGCUGGACAGUCUUCCAGAAGAGAAUUGAUGGUUCCGUUGAUUUUAGCCGAACCUGGGAUGACUACAAACAUGGCUUUGGCAACUUGGUUGGUGAAUUUUGGCUCGGAUUAGAUAAGAUAAACCGCCUGACGCAAAACAAGACAAAGAACAAGCUUCGAGUUGAUCUGAGAGCAAUUACCAACAAAAUUGUUCACCCUGAGUAUGAUUGGUUUGGAAUUGCGACCGAGACGAACAAAUAUCGGCUGUACAUUGGCAAAAUGACGACAAAUGCAACUGUUUGCCCUGAUUCCCUCAGCCAACACAAUAAUUUCGAUUUUGGUAUCUGGGAAAGAGGUCCUGCAGAUCGCGUUCAAAAAAGAGGCGUAGGCUGGUGGUAUGAUGAAGAUAGAGAAAAUGCUGUUCACUCAAAUCUUAACGGUAUCUAUCCGCUUUGUGGAAGUGAAACCGCGGCUGAUAUCCACUGGGGCCAUUUAGCUCCAAAGAGGGGUGCCGUGGGCAGCGCUCCUAAGUCAUCUGAAAUGAAAAUUAGGCCAGUGGAUUUCUUUUAGAGUUAACCAUACACCCCAUAAGUGAGCUGUGAUUUUUGCUCUGACCUGUUACAUCCUAGGUGUUAAGUGUGUAAGAUUUCUCUUUUACUAAUUUUUGAUUGUAGAAGUAUUAAAAAAAAAAACUUCAUACC